UAAGGAGGUUAAUGAAUAACGGAGAAAGUCAGUUCACCAGCUGCUCAUCUGCAGUCAGACCCAGACGGAGAGGACCAGAGGAGAGACGAGGAUGGAGAGACUUCUUCUGACCAUCAUCAUCAUCGCUGGGGCAGGGCUGAGUGCUGUCUCAUCAGCUGCUGGACUUCAGUACUACUUUGUUUAUGACAGAAAUAACUUUACUGAAGCCCAAAGAUACUGCAGAGAGAAGCACAAAGACCUGGUCACUGUAGACAGCAUGGAGGUUAUGAAGAUCCUGAACAACACGGCAGAUUUAGACAUGUUCUACUCCAACAACAGCUACAGAGCCUGGACAGGACUGUAUCAUCUCCCCAACCCCUGGAGGUGGUCACUGUCGGACACAAGUUUCUACAAACCCGGGGAGACGGAGUUCAGACAAUGGGCGUCUGGACAACCAGACGCUCGAUACAGUGAUAAAACCUGCACAGGGAUGGGUCCUGAUGGACUCUGGUUCAACGACGAUUGUAACAGUAGGCCGUAUACAGUCUGCGCAGAUGUCAGAGGGUCAGAUGUGACUUUUGUCCUCAUCAAAACCUUUAUGACAUGGCCUGAAGCCCAGAGCUACUGCAGAGCUCACCACACAGACCUGCUCAGUGUGAGAAACAUGGCAGAGAACCAGAAGGUACAGGCGGUGGUUGGACUAAACUUGGUCUGGAUCGGCCUUUUCAGAGACUCCUGGAAGUGGUCAGAUGGAAGUAACUCCUCAUUCAGCUUCUGGAAGAAAGGCCAACCUGAUUACAACAACGGGAACGAGACUUGUGUGGCUGCAGACUUCAGCCAAUCAGGAGCCUGGGAGGAGUGGCCCUGUGACAUGGAGAGAGCGUUCAUUUGCUACGGUCCAGUGGUGUCAAACAAAGUGAUGAUGAAAGUGAAGUUUGAGAACAAGAAGAAUCUGAAUCUGACUGACCCUGCUGUGAUGGAGGCCAUGUUGAAGCAGCUGAAACAGAAGCUGAGGGGCCCAGGGGCUGGACGACAACAUCAAGCUGAGCUGGAGGAAGCAGGCCGAUGGAAAAGUCUUCCACAAGGAAGACAAGAAGACCAACAAGAGGAGGAGGAAGAGGGAGGAGCUGUGCUGCUGUAA